ACAACAACAUGUCAAAAUAAAUCCAGUGAAAAGUGUCGUAGAAUUUUGGAGUUAGAAGUGGACGAGCGGAGGGCGUAAAUAAUCUAUAAUAUUUGUAAAAAUCCUUUAAAUUAACGCUUUAGAAUUAAUCAUAAUUAACUUUCAUUACUUCGUUUUGCUACGUUUUAACAUUAUUUUUAUAGUGCUAAGUCUGUGACAAAAAUCGGGGAAUUCCAAAUAUUGUAUCAAGCAGAGGACGUUCGUUGGGCGUAAAAAGAAAAUGGCGUGUGCUACACUGAAAAGAAAUUUGGACUGGGAGUCCAUGACACAGACGCCUGCUAAAAGGCGAAGAUGUGCUCCAUUUGCAGCAAGUUCCAGCACAAGCCCUGGAUUAAAAGUGGCCGAGAGCAGAGCUACACCAUUUGGUGAAUCCGUUAGUGCACCUGCAAAACUGACUCCAGAGCGCAUGGCACAAGAGAUAUGCGACGAGAUCAAGCGACUACAGCGGCGCAGACAGCUGCGGGUUGCCACGGGCGCGGCGGCCUCGUGCUCCUCCUCCAGCGGCAGCGAGGGCGACUGCUCGCCACCGCACCACUCGUCGCACAAUUCACAGAAAAUGCACAAUCGCGCGCUCUUCACUUUUAAGCAGGUGCGCAUGAUUUGCGAGCGGAUGCUGCGCGAGCAGGAGGCGGCCCUGCGCGCCGAGUACGAGACGGCGCUUAGCAGCAAGCUCGCCGAGCAGUACGAGGCCUUUGUGCGCUUCAACCUCGAUCAGGUUCAGCGCCGGCCCCCUCCCACGUGCAUGCCGCACUCAAUGGACGCCGAGCACCACAUGCAUCAGGACCUUGUACCCAGCUAUCUGUCCUAAUAACGACGGAAUCGGCGGCGCAGUGUUGCACUGCAAAAUAUAUCAAGACAAACAUAUUUUGGUAUAUGUGAAUAUUAUAUGCGGGAAUAGUGUCCGUACCCUAAUGGAUCAAGAUUGUAAUUGCUUGUGGAAUUUAGCUAUAAACAAUAUUGUGAAAAAAUCAUAGCAGUAUUAGAAAACUGAGUUUCUAAUGCAAAAAACGACUAUCACUGAAAUAAUAAAAUAAUUGUGUUUAUAUAGUAAACUCAUAGGACUAAACCAUUCUGUAGUAAAUACCUAUGGGUAGCUAUGGGGUAUGGGCUAUUUAAUCAUGAACUUUGAUAGGACGUAAUGUCUGACCAUUCCUCUCGUAAGGUAAUCCAAAGUGUUAAAAAGAGAGACGACAUUAUGCCUUGUCGAUAUUCGUGUAUAAAAGGGAUUGAAUAUAUGUAUUUAUUUUCACAAUAUUAUAAUGGCUACAUUCCACAGUUUUGUUUAUGCCACAUGAAACUAGCUUUUAAUGCUUUAGAUAAGGUUCGCUGGAUAAUUGUGUUCAUAGACUGAUGCUCCUGUGUUGGAGCGGUAAAAGGAACUUGUGUUUUGAACGAGUUUCAAACUUAUACACUUUAGCGGUCCCGCAUCUAUGUUUGGGUAAACUGCACUCACUCCUUGCAAAUGUCAGGGGGCGACAAAUUAUAUGUUUAAUUUUCGAAUUACUUGAACUCUUUUAUAUGACAACAAACACUUCAUAUGAUGUUGGACUUUAAUUUCUUUAGAAACUUCUAAAAGAAGGAGAUUCUGAUAUUGAAGGGACUUAAUGUACUUGUGGUGAUAUGGGCUGGAACCGCCUGUAAAGAGACUAUUCACAGCUUCAUUUGCGCCUACAAUUUUUCUAUAACUGCUGUAAUUGUUAAUUGAAAUGCAAACAGGCGCUACGUAUAGAAUUUCUUAUAUCGCGUACACACAGCUAAGUUCAACCUGCUUGGAUAAACCAACAGCUUAUGAAAUAAUGUGUAAACUGGUAAAUUCGGCUGAAUGACAUGCAAACCUUAUUUCUCUUGGUCUUGGAAAUAUAAAGCGUAGUAAAUGAGAGCCUUGCUUUACCUUCUCGUAACUGUAUUGGAAAUAAGUAUGUACAAUUUAAAAAAAUAUCUUCUGAUGACUAAACAAAUGUGGACGCGACUAGAACUUGCAUGAAGCCCUGAAAAAUGCAGAUGUGAAGCCAAGUAUCAUAUUUUGUAUAUUUUUAAAAAUUAACAUGAAUGAUCCUGUAGAAUUUAGAAUAAAACACAUAAUAAAUUCACGCAGAGUGCCUGUUAAGUAAUUGAUGUGGUAAAUUAUAUUUUGCGGAUUAUUUAGCCAUAAUUUUGUUUGAUAUUUUAAUUUUACUUUAGUACUGUCGAAUUAUAGUUGGUAAUUUAUAUUUUCUUGUCCAUAUUGUGUAAAACGUACAAUCGACGUACUCGCACAGAUGCCUCGUGUAUCAGCAUUUGGGAAUUAUUAUCUUUCUAUUUACUUACUUAUUAAAUUCGGACAUGACCUUUCAUCAAUAAAACGUUUACCUAAUAAUCCAUUCUUUUCCUCUAAAUUACUCACUGAUACAUUAAAGGCUUAUUAGGAAAUGAUAAUAUUAGAUUUAUUUAAAUCUUUUAAGUUAUUUUCUCAAUAAUGUAUUCAAUCGUAUUGAAUACACUGCUAGCCCCACUAUGGGGCGCCUUAGUCUGCCCUGUAUUGGUAUUGUACAUUAUUGGGAUUUGUUUUAUAAUUAUUAUUGUUUAGUUAGCGUAACUUUUUAUUGAAUAUAAAAGGAUAAAUUUGUUACCAAGCAUUAUUCAAUAAAAAUGAUAGUAUAGGUUUUUUUAAAUUGUAUUAUCAGCUCAUUAUUAGUAGGUUAUUGGCGUUUAAGAACUGAAAAUAAAUUAGCUAAACACCCAA